UACAAUGAGGAAGUCUUUGUAUCUGAUUGUAUCAAACAGCAGACCAACAGUCAUAAAGCUUCACAGAGAUCAUAAAUGACAGUCAUGUGACUUCCAGUAAAGCAGAAGGAGGGAGGAGCAGACAGGUAGGGAGUAAAGGUGAACGUCUGUACAGACUUCAUUUUACAGUCAUCAGAGCAGAAGCAGGAAAACAGUGUGAGGCAGACUCCAGAAGAUGAGGAUGGAGCAGAGUCUCUAACAUCCAGCUGUGUUGAUGAAGAGUGAGCAGUCUGAUGAUGAUCCUCUAAACUUCAGUAAUGAACCUGGACCCAGAGCCAAGAUGAGGAAGAGGGACCUGCUCAACAUCCUGGACGAUUUAAAAGAUGAUGAAUUUAAGAAGUUCAAAUGGUCUCUGAAGGAAGAAAAGGUGGCCAACAUCGAACCCAUCAAAGUGAGCCAGCUGGAGAAGGCAGAGGAGAGGUUUGACGUGUUGGAUCUGAUGGUGCAGAAAUAUGAACUAGCUGGAACUGUGGAGGUGAUGAAGAGUGUUUUAAAGACGAUCGGCAGGAAUGAUCUGGUGACAGAAUUGUUAAACAUCAGCUCAGGAUCAAAAGGAGCAGUGAGCAGUGGCACUGACAGGAGUAUCAACCCUAACACAGAUGUUUCUGACGGUGGGAGUAAACCAGAGCAACCAGCAGAAACCCGCACUAACACUGGGGAAACAUCUAAACUCAUCACAGAGACGACCGGAGACAACAAGGGUUCAAACCCAGGACCUUCUAGCUGUGAGGCAACAGUGCCAGGAUCUGAGACACCUCACUGCUCACACACAGGUGGUGGACGGAAGAAGGUUUUAGGUAGAUAUGUGGUCAUUCUGACAAGGAAAUAUCAAAAAACGACUGAUGGAACUGAUGAAUCAGGAAAUGAAACCCUCCUCAAUGAGAUUUACACUGAGGUCUACAUCACAGAGGGAAAGAGUAGAGAGGAUAAUGCCCAACAUGAGGUGAGACAGCUUGAAACAGCUUCCAAAACAAAGAUCCUCCAUGACACACCGAUCAAGUGUCACGAGAUCUUUAAAGUCUUACCUGGCCAAGAGGAACACAUCAUCAACAUUGUUCUGACGAGUGGCGUCGCUGGCGUUGGAAAAUCCUUCACAGUGCAGAAGUUCAUUCUGGACUGGGCACAGGGCUCUGAAAACCAAGAUAUCAGUCUGCUGGUUCCACUUUCAUUCAAGGAACUGAACUUGAUCAAAGAUGAGCCGCACAGUCUGCUCACACUGAUCCGUCGUUUCUAUCCAACAUUAAAGGACGUCACAGAAGAGAUGCUUGACUCUGAAGACUUUAAAGUUCUGUUCAUCCUUGACGGCCUGGAUGAAAGCAGACUGUCACUGGAUUUCAACAACAGGAAGGAGGUCGUGUCUGAUGUCACACAAACGUCGUCAGUCAGCGCGCUGGUGACAAACCUCAUCCAGGCAAAUCUGCUUCCCCAAGCUCUCAUCUGGAUCACUUCCCGACCUGCAGCAGCCAAUCAGAUCCUGGAUCAGAAAUGUGCUGACAGGAUAACAGAAGUACAUGGCUUCACUGACCCCCAGAAGGAGGAGUACUUCAGGAGGAGAUUCAGUGAUGAAGAGCAGUCCAGCAGAAUUGUCUCACACAUCAAGACAUCCAGGAGCCUCCACAUCAUGUGUACCAUCCCAGUCUUCUGCUGGAUCACUGCUAGAGUUUUGAAGCUCAUGUUGACUACAGACCAGAGAGGAGAGCUGCCCAAGACCGUGACUGACCUGUACUCACUCUUCCUGCUGUUUCAGACGAAGAGAAAGAAGCGCAAGUACGAUGACCGACAGAUGAGUCCACAGGAGCUGACGGAGGCUGACGGGAAACUUCUUCUGAAGCUGGGGAGGCUGGCGUUUGAACAUCUGGAGAAAGGAAACAUCAUCUUCAACCAAAAAGACCUGGAGCAGUGUGGUCUUGAUGUCACAGAGGCUGCAGUAUCGUCAGGAUUUUUUACAGAGAUUUUCAAAACAGAGAAAAUGAUCCUCGAGAAAAAGGUCUACUGCUUUGUUCAUCUGAGCGUUCAGGAGUUUCUGGCUGCAGUCUACAUGUACCACUGUUACACAAGCAGGAAGACAGAGGUACUGGAGGACUUCCUGGACAAUGAGGAGGAGGAGGAGGAGGAAGAGGAGGAGGAAGUGGAGGAGGAAGUGGAGGAUGGGGACACAGUUAAUAACCAUUACUUAUCUCUGGAUGACUUCCUGAAGAGAGUCAUGGAGAAAUCUCUCAGAAGUAAAAAUGGCCACCUGGACCUGUUUGUCCGCUUCCUUCAUGGCCUCUCUCUGGAGUCCAACCAGAGUCUCUUAGAGGACCUGCUGGGUCAGACAGACAACAGUCCAGAAACCAUCCAGAGAGUCAUCAACAACCUGAAGGAGAUGAACAAUUGGUAUAUCUCUCCUGACAGAAGCAUCAACAUCUUCCACUGUCUAACGGAGAUGAACGACCGCUCAGUACAUCAGGAGAUCCAAGAGUUCCUGAAGUCAGAGAACAGAUCAAAGAAGAGUCUCUCUGAGACACAUUGCUCAGCUCUGGCCUACAUGCUGCAGAUGUCAGAGGAGGUUCUGGAUGAGUUGGACCUGAAGAAGUACAACACAUCAGUGGAGGGACAACGGAGACUGAUCCCAGCUGUGAGGAACUGCAGAAAGGCUCAACUUUCUAACUGUGGACUCUCAGAGACUCACUGUGAAGUUUUGGCCUCAGCUCUGAAGUCCAACCCUCAUCUGACAGAACUGGACCUGAGUGACAACAAACUGUCUGAUUCAUCAGUGAAGGGUCUGUCUGCUGGACUGGAGAGUCCAAACUGUAAACUGAAGUCUCUGAAAUUGAGGAGCUGCUGGUUGUCAGAGAGCCGCUGGGCUUCUCUGGUCUCAGCUCUGAAGUACAACCCCUCCCAUCUGAGAUGGCUGGAUCUGAGCCUCAACGACCUGAAGGAUUCAGGACUGAAGCUGCUGUGUGGUUCUCUGGAGAGUCCAAACUGCAAACUGGAGACUCUGGUAUUGCAGUGCUGCAGUUUGUCAAAGAUCAGCUGUGAUUAUCUGGCCUCAGCUCUGAAGGACAACCCCUCCCAUCUGAGAGAGCUGGAUCUGAGCUACAACAAGCUGAAGGAUUCAGACAUGAAGCAGCUGAUGGAUCUUCAGCAGAGUCCAGACUGCAGACUAGAGGAUCUGAGAUGGAAGGAUGAUUGAUCUCUGUAAGAGUGAGAGUGAACAUCCA